UCCGUUAGUUAUGGCGGUGUUGUUGAUGAGGAUGUGCGCAAGCGUACCGUCAUAAGAACCCUCAUGGGCUGAGGCGCGGGUUACCUCCGUGUCAUCAUCAGCGAUGCGGCCACCGUCUUGCGAGAGGUGGCUCGCCACGAUCGCCACCCUCCUUGACUGCCAUGGCAGCGUUGUCGACUCCGCCUCUGACCAGACAACAUUGUGAGCGAAAGAGAAGAUGAUCAAGAUGACAUGAGGCGAGAAAGGAAGAACGAGCAUUCACGUUGCAGUGCUGCAGUACUGGUGCUCGCGCCUGCCAACCUCCGGAUAUGCGGAAUUGGCCACUCGGUGGCCGGUGGAGGUCCGGAGGCAUGUGGUCAAGUCUCCCACGGAUGUGUUUUGCCCAUCUGUGCCUUGGCUGGACCGAUGCGCUCAAGGCUCCGAUACUGCACUUCCAACUCUGCCGUCAUUCUCCCAUACAUGCCAUACACAAGCUCGAAUCGAGGGACCAGGGCCGCGCAACCACUGCACUGGGCCGUCAGUGGGGCACGGACUCGAUGAGCCACGGUCUGUGCGUGCCACUGUGCGGCCUUGACACAGCGCGCGCUGUAUCAAGAACUCGAGCGGAAUUUAGCCAAACUUGGCCCUCCAGCACCGCAUUCAACGCAUGUGCUCGCUUUAGCUCUUAGCAUUUGGCCAUUUGGAAUCAUGGGUGUCCUCGGCACGUGCACAG